CUGCUAAAUCAUGCGCCGGCUUUGCCCAUUCACCCAUGCAAUGGUUGAGUGACGCUCCCCUUGGCGGGGAACGCGAAGGAUGUACAGCAGUGGUUACCCUGCGGUGUCCGGCGGGUCUUCGCCCGCAGCAUCUCCGCUGGCUUGCGCGUCACUUUCUUCUUCCCUGACAUCGCAGGCACAACUCCCCCGGCCAAUGGCAGUGCCGAUGGCACAUAGCAUGCUGCCUGCUGGGCAUGCAGCUUCCAUGCCUGCUGCCACUCAGGCGUACUGGUCUCCUGGUGAACGCAGGGUCACAGUGGUGAGCCAGCAACCGGUUCUUCGUCGGUCACUGGGAAGCUCAGGUGCAGUUGCGAGCUUGGCGCAGCCUAGCUCCUCUGCAACUGCUCCUUCAACUCCUGAUGUUGAGAAGGAGCUUGCGCGGCGAUUGGACCUUUGCCAAGAAGAGUUGGCGAGGGAGCGUUCAAGAUCGGAGGAGCUUGCUGCUGCACUUCACGAGGCUCGACUGAAGGCCGAGGACGGAGAGGUGCAGACAUUACGCCAGCAGCUCCAGAGCCGAGAUCGAGAGCUUCUUGCGGCCUGCCCAGACAUGUAUUGGACUGAAAAGAAUGAAGCAGAUAGGUCCACACCGAAACAUACGGUACUGAGACUCACAAGCCAGGCACACAUAGCUACGACCAGAACUCCAAGUGCAUCGUCACAAGCGUCUUCUCCAAGAAGAGGAGCCAGCAGUGCUGCAGAUCGUCAGGUGGCAGCAAAGCGAGUGUCCAAUGGCUUUGGUCCUUCCACCGUGGAGUCUGACUCCAAAUUGCAUGUGGCAGAGGUUUGCUGUGAUCUUGAGUCUGAGAGACAGACGCACCGGCAAGAUCUCAGACAAAGCAUUCAAAGAUGGAGGGCUGACGACAUUGGAGUUCAGGAUCUGGAGCCCUCAGAGAAUCGGCAGGCAUUGGCCCAGCAUUUUUUCGAGAAGUUCGAUGCCACAGGACGUGGAACACUGUCGUGGAAGAACGGAGAGGUCAUUAGCUGCCUUGGUGACCUGCUUCAAGCUGCAGGGAUUCCAUCACCAAACCUGUCUGCAUCGAGCCUCUUCGCCAUCUACUCCGAGGUGAAGGCAAGCACAAGUCACGAUGGGGAUGGCUUGGAUUUGGCCCAGAUGUGUCAGUUUGCGCAGAAGGUGUCCGAACUUGCAUUGGUUGGAAAUGAAGAGGCGGAGUGUAGUGUGGCAGGGCAGGGCGCUCUGCAAUUUCAUGUAGUCGCCACCUGCACAUUCUCUUGAUUGGUACCUGAAAGACCCUUCCUUUUUCAAUCUUGACGGCUGCAUGAGACAUUCCUUAGAAAGCAGUGUGGUCAGGCUGAGUGGGGCAGGGGGCUGACAGAUGUGGGGUUUGUUCUGCAGGGUGAGGGGUUGAAGGGAUAGUACAGAAACGUGUUUGUUUCGAUUGCGACCAAGUCGAGGUGACCGAGUGCAGUGAACCGUGACUGGCAAACCUCGCCACAAGAGCGGCUUUCGGCCGACCCCGGUCUGCGACGCAAAAUCCGACCCCGGUAGCAUCGGUGUUUUGCACAUCACUUAACGCAUCUUAACGCUGUGCAACUGUUUUUUCACUGGCCAUUUGCAGUCUCCUAGCU